AUGGCAGUAUACAAGGUCAAGCUGGUUGGACCAGACAGUGUGGAGUGCGAGUUUGAUGCUCCAGAUGAUGCAUACAUCUUAGAUUCAGCUGAGAAUGCAGGAGUUGAGUUGCCAUAUUCUUGCAGGGCUGGGGCCUGCUCUACCUGUGCAGGGAAGCUGGUGGCAGGUUCAGUGGACCAGUCCGAUGGCUCGUUCCUUGAUGACAAUCAAAUGAAGGAGGGUUAUGUGCUGACCUGUGUCGCGUACCCAACUUCAGAUGCUGUGAUUCACACUCACAAGGAAAGGGUUUGUUGUGGAAUGGCAGUGCAUCUAGAUGUUAAUGGUUGCCGAAUUGGUUUCUGUAGGUGGCGCUUUAAUUCAGUUCUUAUUCAAGGGAUAGAUUCAAGACCUGUCCCAAAGCGUUUGUAG